AAGCAAUGCAAAUCAACGAGCCGCCAUCUUUAACUUACAAUUUACCUCAAGAACUAAUAAAAAUCGACGAGCCGCCAUCUUUAACAAUAGAAAUUUUGACAGCCAUUUAUAAUGAUCAAGACUUUACAAAUAACUUUAUGACAGACAUUUAUAAUCAACAAGACUUUACGACAGCAAUACAUAAUCAACAAGGCUAUACUAAUAACUUUACGCCAGCAAUCGCCAAUCAAAAUUAUACGACUAAUGAUUUAGCUCAAAAUUCGAUCGAUAUGUUCAACCAAACAGGCUUUUUCACUGAAAAUAAUGAAAGUUGCAAUAUCAAUAACGAUAAUAUUUCUUCAACGCUGAACUCACUGAUCACUAAUACUCCAAUAACACCACCCGCAUCGCAAUCACAAUCAACAUCAUUCUCACAACUAUUUAUGACGAAAUAUGAUUUAUGUCAGUUUUAA